AUGGAUACAAAACAUCACAGCACUGAUGGCAAUACCACUCGAAAUGGUCUGAGCGGGACCCCAGUGAACAGGCCACGGACACGCCGGACUCCACAGCACACGCGGCAUGCAAGUUUCUCAUCUCGCGGUAAAUUCUCGAUGGACCUCAGUGCUCGACUGUCACGAAUUAGCAUCAAGCACGACAGACCCAACGCACUUGACGGAAUACCGCGUAUGGGGCACCGUCUAUCGCAGAGAUCAAGCAGGAACAAAAAAGCCGCUUACGGCGUUGAUGCAAACGAAUUUACCUCCGCCCUCCGUGCUAAGUUGGAGAAAGUGCAAGAAGAGCAAAAUGUGUUGGUGGAGGAUGAUCCAGCGCAAAGCAGGAUUCUUCGUUCUCGUCUCGUCAAGUUGGUAAAGGUUCGCGAAGAUCAAAGGUUACUCGAGGAGAGUGAUUCCAUGGCACCUGCUCUGUCCAGUUCGCAUCCGGUUGUCAAAGGCAAAAUGCUCAAAGAUCAUAAGCAGGAUGAUAUUGACGCUGCCAAAAAGGCGCAAGCCAGCAACGAUAACAACAACGAGCCAGAAGAGUUUAACAGCAUCGUUGUCCGACAUAAAAGAGAGACAACUCUCAGCAGUGCAAAUAAAGCGAAGAAGGAAGAUCCUACUCCCACCCGCCACAAGCACACCACCGGAUCCCUGUCCCACACUGCGGAGAAACAGCUUACGAUCCAACCGGCCGGCGAUAAAGAUGGGGGAACCUCCAAAGAAAACGUGAGAGUGACCCGGGCCGCUGGAAAAAAACAAAUACACGCUACUGUAGGAAAGACCCGCGCCACUAUGAUAAAACAAACCCACGCCGCUGGAAUAAAUCAAACAACCCGCGCGUCUACGAUGAAGCAAACCCGCGCUGUUGCAACAAAACGACCCACCCUCGCUACUACGGUAGAGCAAACCCGCGCCGCUGCAACGGAACAAAGCGGUGCUGUUCCCACAGAAGCCACCGCCGAAACGGAAAUGGAGAGUAUCGCCAACUUUACUUGCAAAUGUGGAUCCGACUACAUCCUCCUCGCCAGAUUCCUCAAGCAUCAGAAGACGUGCACGAUGGGUAUGAAGAAGCUUCAUUAA